AUGCCCUCCUCUGCCCCUCUACGCAAAGCCAUCAAUGGCCACAAGCCUGAAAUCCCAAUCAGCUAUGAUAUCAACAUCCCAUACGUUGACGUGGAAAAGCAAUCCAAGAUCAACACUCCGUACCCAGAAUACUUACCAAAUUGGGACCCAAUCUGGUUCGAACCACUCCAAGAAUUCAAAUACAACGAUCCAGCCCUGCGCGUGAAAGACCGAAGCAUGCGCAACCUCCUCACACCAGGUGUUAAAGUCGACCACAUCCAGCCCUCAAUCGGCAGCGUAGUAGAAGGAGUUCAACUAAACCGACUCUCCGACGCAGCAAAGGAUGAACUAGCCCUGCUGAUCUCGCAGCGCAAAGUUGUCGCAUUCCCAGACCAGGAUCUCAUAGACGCAGGCCCAGCAGAGCAAGAAGCAUUUAUGAGCUACUUCGGUAAACCAAACUACCAGCCUGUCUCAGGUUCAAUCCGCAACCACCCCGCCUUCCACGUUAUCCACCGCGACGGAAACAGGGAGGAAAUAGCCCGCUUCCUGGAACAGCGUACUACAACAACCCUCUGGCACCAAGACGUCAGCUACGAGAUCCAACCACCCGGCUACGUAAUGUUAGGUCUUCUCCAAGGACCCGAAGUAGGCGGUGACACCGUCUUCGCCGCAACGGACGCUGCAUAUAAGCGUCUCUCACCGACACUGCGCUCAUUCCUGGACACGCUGAAGACAGUGCAUUCGUCCGCGAAAAUGAUCAAACACACGCAGCUAGUUGGCGGUUUAGUCCGCAAAGACCCUGUCGACACAAUCCACCCACUUGUGCGCGUGCACCCAGUCACAGGCGAAAAGUGUCUCUUCGUCAACGCGGAGUUCAUUACAAAGAUACAAGGCAUGAAGGAACCGGAGACGAGGUGGAUGUUGGACUUUCUGAUGAACCAUAUUGUGACUGGGCAUGAUUUCCAAGCUAGAGUGCGGUGGCAGCCGAGAACUAUUGUCAUGUUCGAUAACCGGUCUACAACGCACUCUGCUAUUGUCGACUACCUAGAUGAGGAAUAUGGCGCCAAAGCACGCCAUAUCUUCCGGCUGUGUGCGCUGGGCGAGAAACCUAUCCCGGUUUAUGACGAGUAUGAGGGUUGA